UGCAUUUUUUUCAAGCUCUCAUUAUGCUGCACCAGUAUCUCCAGAUGCCUUCUCCAGGGAACUAAGCUGCUUUCUGUUUAAAACUGCAAAGAGCAAUGGAGAGUUUAAGCAAAGACCAUCCUUCUCCGGAUUCUUCCCUGCCACGCUCUGCAGCCCGUGAGGAGUAUGCUGUGCCAGAUGUCAUCAUAACGCACCGCUUGAGGGACCGGGAGCUGCUCAGAAAAAGAAAAGCAGAAGCCCUGGAGAAAGAUUCAACUCAGUGGGUUCUGAGGGUGCAUAAGAACCAACAGCAAAGGAGAGGCAGAGGAGCCAAAAGAGGACGGGGCCGUCAGCCAGAGGUGAAGGCCACCCUGGACCCAGAACCAACCACAGACCCCCAGCCUGAGCUGCAGGAGGAGGCUGAAACAGGGCACUCUGAGCCAGCACUGCCUGAACCAGUGCACUCUGAGCCAGCACUGCCUGAACCAGUGUACCAAGAACAGCUGCCCAUGCUGACCAUCCACAACCCGGUCACUGAGAUGCAACCAGUAGCAGUGGAAGGGGAGCCAGCAGCCAGGAGCUUGGAUCCUGCAGGUGAAGAGGAGGUGGUGAAACCAACAGAAGCAGAAAUACUGGAAGAUUUCAAUACUCCUCUGGAAAACGACCACCAGGAUAACGAAUUCAACACACAUGUUCUGUAUUAAUCACAAAUUUUCAUUCACGAAGCCUAGGCACGAUGAUCUGUAUUGAUUUUCUGAUUGUUUGGGGAUUUUUCUUAUUUUGACUCCUGCCUCACAAACUCUGAUGAAUCCUGCAGCAGCUUCUUUCUGGUUAGUCAUAAAGUCCACACUCUCCUUGUCACUCUGCUUUCUAUGACUCUUUCAGGUUACAGUGUGGUCAACUGUACAGAGGCAGUCCUUUGGGAGUUGCCUGC